GUAGACUGUUGCGAGCCUCGACGAGCGGAUCUUGGACGACGACGGUGCGAGGUGACGAUCGUGGACGACCCACCGAAGUUCGGCGCGCGCGCGCGAAGGUGUCUCCGCUCGGGUUCAGAUUUUUAUGGAUUAGUUAAUGUUUAACCGUCACACCGAUAAGCUCGGCUUUGUGCGUUCUUCGGGUGGUUCUUGGGUUGUUCUUUCAGUGUGCUCUGGAAGUUCUGCGGUGGACGUUUUCUGGACGGAGGUGUUCGGUAGUGCUGUUCCAGCAGUGCGUUGUUGUGCAUGCGUUUCGUGCGUGUGUGUUAUCGAACUCGGUGGACGCUUGGACAUUGUUGAUUCAGGUGUUCUAGACGAGGUGUUGUGAGUGCUGGAACGCUUGGAGUUUGCAGCACUCGUCGGAGUGAAAGUGAUUCGAUCUUACGAUCCGUUGAACCAAGUCGAAGAGCUUUUCGAUAAAUAAAACAAAGUGUUUGGCGUUGACCGUCUUAAGGAGUUUGUUGGAGUUGGAAAAAAGAGCAGCUCUCUGCACACACGAGUGGCACCUUAAGACCCCCGCUGUAAACCCGUAGACACGUACAAUUAAAAGUGAAGCUGAGCACUUUUUCUUCGCGGUGAAGGCAAAAAUAAAAUAAUAAUAAUAUCCACACAACACACAGACGUACGCGUAAACUGCAAACGGACGGACUUGCGGGUCUUACGGAGAAGGCGUUCAAGUCCACGCGCGUCUAGAGUAGUAAAACCAGCUGAGAGUGACCGCUCAGGUGAAACAAGUUACUUAGCGUUGAGAGGAAGAAACUCCGCGCAGAUCAACGCCGCAUUUUGAGGUUAUUUUCACCUCGGUAUCGGAAUUUGCAGACGUGCCCCCCUGCGUAAACUUCAAAACGGCGCCUUUUCGCCUUUCGACCAAAGACUUCGAGAAAUUUUAAGUAAAACUGAACGUGAAUCAAUUAAAGCCAAACUAAACAACAAGACCUGCGAACCUGUUGUUGAGCUGACCAACCUGCUCAAGCUUUUAUGUAAUUCGGCGCCGUUUUUUUUGCGUUCGCCAUUGUUGAAGAGAAAGAAAUUUGGAUCGCGAGGAAUGACCAUUGAGUAGCCUUAAACCAUCGAAGACAAAAGGAACGAAAAGAAACGAAAAAAAAACGGUAAUAAUAAAAAGAUGGGAAGCGCGCCUAAUUAGUGGAAAAUUAGAUAAAUAUUUCGUUUUUUUCGGUGCGUUUUGUGAGGCAAGUGUGCGUGAGUGUGUGUGAUCGUUUAAAAAACGAAAAAAGGGAGAGUAAUAAUUCGAUUAAGUGAAAACGCUGCAAAAGAAAAGAAAACCGAGAUAAAAAUAGAGUUUAAGGGAAGAAGACGAAUUGGACUCAAAGAACCUCACGAAUAACUUCGGGGUUGAAAACGAAAGUGAUUGAUGUGGUGAUGAUUUGGUGUGGUGUGUAAAUACAGAGCGAAAUUACUGGCUUGUACGAGAAAGGUAUAAUUUCGGUUGAUGAUUUUGAAGAUUCUGACGAGGAUUGUGACCAUUAUUGAGACCUGAGAACGGAGCAGUUGGUGGAUAUUUUUUUGUCCUGUCUCGUUUGCUGUGAACACUCAAUGAACAUCGUAUCUUGGAAAGACUAAGUUAAAGACCCCGCGCCAAGAUGACGCGACUUGGCUUGUACUUCGCGGCAUCAUGGACAUUGCUAUGCACCUACAGCGCCGCCCUGCCAGAUAUCCACCGACAGAUGUCCACGGCCCAGCUGCAGGAGGUGUUUCACGUGGACCACCCGGACGCGGUUCCACACUACGAGCUGAUCCAGCUGAUGCACCACACAAACCAACCCUCGGUUGGUCGCCGGAAGCGAAGCAUAGAGACAGGCCCCUCAAAAGGAGGCAAUCAGCUGGACGGUGGAGGGGGCGGGAAUCACCACGUGAAGAAAGAUCUUAGCAAAGUGAGGUUCAGUGAGAAGGCAAGUGAGAGUGCAGUUCCGGCCAAGAAGCGGACUGUGAAGCAGCCGGACGCAACCGGAAGUGGGGGUAGUGUGAGUGAGCAGAUUCUGCCGGAGAUGCAACCCCCGGCGAAGCAGCCAGCCGACAGUGAUAGUGAGAACAAGAUCGGGGACGACGUGAGCAUUCGGGACAUCAAGCAGCACCGGGUGUCGUUCAGUGCGUUCGGGGAAAGUGUCAACCUGACGCUGGAGAAAACCGAGGGGCUGUUUGGGGAGGAAGGACCGCACUCGUUGCGCAUGUGGAACGUGCGCGUCGACCCGAACGCGACGCAGGGUCUCGUGUACGAGGAAAUACACGAAGAGAAUCCACCAGCAGAAGACUCUUUUGGUAAUAUUUACCAAGAUCAGAAAAAUAUGGCAGCUGUUCUGAUGCGGAAGCAUCUGGAAAGUGGCGAUCUUAUGAUGGAGGGUAGUAUAGGACAUCAACUUGUGAUAAAACCAGUGCCAACCGAAAUCUCCCAGGCGGAGGACGGUAGUGUUCAUCAUGUUAUUUAUAAGCGGACAGUGUCCGAGGAGCAUCACGACCACGCGAGCGACUACGCAUUCAUGGAGCCGGACCGGCUGCAGAAGCGAUUUCGCUCGAAGCGAAGUCCCCAAAGCGGCGGCUACUACAAAUCAUCGCGGGCGAUCGAUACCACCAUCUAUCCGGAGAUCCUGGUGAUUGUGGACUACGACGGCUACCGGUUACACGGCGGCGACAACGUCCAGGUCAAGCGGUACUUUGUCUCGUUCUGGAACGGCGUCGACCUGCGCUAUCGGUUGCUCAAGGGGCCGAAGAUUCGCAUCAGCAUCGCCGGCAUCAUCAUCUCGCGGGGUCGCGACGCCACUCCGUACCUGGAGCGGAACCGGGUGGGCCGGGACGCGAUCGACUCGGCCGCCGCCCUCACCGACAUGGGCAAGUAUCUGUUCCGCGAGCGAAGACUGCCGGUGUACGACAUUGCGGUUGCCAUCACGAAACUAGAUAUGUGUAGAAGACAAUAUGCAAAUGACGCGUGUAAUCGCGGUACCGCAGGCUUCGCGUACGUCGGAGGUGCCUGCGUCGUCAACAAGCGCCUGGAGAAGGUCAACAGCGUGGCCAUCAUCGAGGACACCGGCGGCUUCAGCGGUAUCAUUGUGGCCGCCCACGAAGUUGGUCAUCUCCUUGGAGCCGUCCACGACGGAUCCCCUCCACCCAGCUACCUCGGCGGUCCGGGCGCGGAAAAGUGCCGCUGGGAGGACGGCUACAUCAUGUCCGAUCUACGACACACCGAGCGGGGCUUCCGGUGGUCACCGUGCAGUGUUCAGAGCUUCCAUCACUUCCUCAAUGGUGACACCGCCAGCUGUCUGCACAACCCGCCCCACGAGGACGAAGCGCUAGGACGGGCCCUGCCGGGGACGCUGCUGACGCUGGACGCCCAGUGUCGGCGGGACCGGGGCACGUCGGCCUGCUUUAAGGACGAGCGCGUCUGCGCCCAGCUGUUCUGCUUCGACUCGGCGAGCGGGUACUGCGUCGCGUACCGGCCCGCUGCCGAGGGCAGCGCCUGUGGUGAUGGGCAGCACUGCCUGGACGGCCGGUGCGUGGCCGAGCACGAGAACAUCAUCCCGGACUACUCCCAGCACACGCCGUCGUACGCACGGUUCAACCAGCAACAAGUCAAAUUAAACUACGACGACAAGUCGGUACAGCAGGAAGAAUAUUAUGAACCGUCUAGUAGCACGUCGUCCACGAGCACCACCACAACGACAACAUCCACCACAACAACCUCCACCACCACCACAACAACACCGCCGCCACCGCCACCGACAUCGACGAGGAAUUAUUACCAAUAUUUCAACCACAAAUCCACGAGUACAUAUCACAGUAAUUUCCAAUCUACUAGCUCUAGUUAUAACGGUAACAGUAAUAACUAUAACCACCAAAACAACAACAACAAUAACGAUAAUCACCACAAUCAAAACCAACAACAAUCGACAACCGAAUCUGACUACUACCGCACGAAAGCGACCAAGACCCCGUACGUGUUCAGCAAAUACACCUUCAGCUCGACCAAGAGCCCGUACACAUACAGUCAGUUCACGGCGAGUAGCACAACGCCAUCCACUACCACGGCUAGCACGCCACGAGCCCCGUUCUGGGACGACCACCACACGACCACCACCACGGCCAAGCCCAAGUCCACGUACCAUCCCGUGUUCGAUGUGUACUUUAACCGGAUCGCGCAGACUACGACGCGAAAUCCGUACAACUUUAGCUUUUACGUGAAGCGCACGACCAAGAGUCCGAACUACGCGCUCAACUACGUCGGCGCCAACAGCCAGCUGAGCGCGAGCCGAACGAACGCGACGACCGUCGUCACUGUUGGUGGUGGUAGCCGAACGGACCGAAGUAGUGGAUAGAGAGAGAGAGCGCGAAAAAACGCACGCCCCGAGCGGGACUCGAACCCGCGCACCCCCUAGCCAAGCCAACAGAACAAUCCUAACGCGCCAGGCAGCGUCGCUAUGUUUUGUUGUUGAAAAACGUGCUGCUCGAAGCUUAGAUAAAAGAGACACGCGCGCACAUGUUUGAUCACUACUUACUUCUAUGAAUGUUUAUGUGUGUGUGUUUGUGUGUGUUUUCACUGCCGCUUUUUCUCUUUUUUAAUACACCUCUCUCACUGUCUUUCCUUUUAUUUUUUUUUUCUUAUUGUUGAAAUUAUUUAUGAUACGUUAUUUAUUUUGAUGAGAUAUUCACGUUAAAUACGAUCUAAACGCUAACUUUUUGUUGAUUUUUUAAACUGUUUUAUCGUUACUAACACAAAAAGCCAAGAAUACGUUGAACGUUUCAAUUCUAACCUCUUCAAAACAAAACAAAAACAAACGAUUGAGAGCACACAUAACUCUACCAUUCUUUCAAGCCGAGAAUCAAUCCGAAGUGAAAGAAAAUAAAGUCUGCCAUCUAUUUAUAUUAGCCACACCCUAGUGAAGUAAGAGCACUAUACAAUACAAAAAGCAAAAGAAAAUCACAUAUUUUUCGCGGGAUUACGAAAAAUAGCGCUUAUAUACAUAAAAAAGUAUCGAAUAUCGAAACAUGACCAACCCAAAAACCAACACACAUCUAAGACACAUCACGGUGGAUGAUGAGGACAGACGAUACAAGAAUUUCAUGAAUGCCAUCAAACGAAAGCGAUUACAACACCUAAAGGAGCAACUGCAGCAGCAGGAGAUCGUCAGCAAUCAGCAGUAGUGGUAGUAGUUGUAGUGGAGGGUAGAGACUCUUCUCUUCUCUGUGUACCAUAUAGUACGAUAACUAGUAGUUUAAAGAAAAGUGCGACUUUCCUUGAACAGAUAAGAAUGCAUUUUCUGUUAACAAGUCUUCCAAAAUUUUAAGAUUUUUUUUGCUGAACAUUCACCAAAUCAUGUCAUUCAACACCAUAACCAUGAGAGAACGCGACAAGUGAAAGCAAACAAGACAAGGAAAUUUAGAGUAAGUGAAGAGAAACGAUAAAUUAUGCAGCAAAACAUUCAAAAUAAUGUGAUAUGAAAUUGUGCAAAUAGGCGAAAGAACUACUUCUGCAGGAUAGUUGUUUCUUAUAUAAAAAACAUACAAACAUACUUUGUUUUAGGUUGUAAGCGCAAAAAGAGACAUAGGAAUUAUGUACAAUUUCAGCGUAGAAUGUUAGGGAAAACUCACAAAAAAAUGUGAAAUAACACUAUUGUUGACGUCAAACUGUUUCGAUUAUCGAAACAAACAUGUUUUACUAAAGAAAACAAGAAAUUUGCUUGAAAUGAGAACUUUUGAAACAAUCUGUGAUUUUACAAUGUCCGUCCGAAUUUUUGAGAAACACGAUUUUGUCCCGAAAAAUUUCCAAAAUGAAAUCUUUGCAAAUUAGGAGAAAUCUCUUAAAAACAACUUCUCAUUUCAAGCUCCUUUCUGCCAUCAAAGCGAAAGAAAACACGAUAGCCAUUUGUUUCAGUGCUGCAAGCAUUGCCAUAACAAAAACCAAGCAUAAUCAAGCAAAAAGAAAACUAAAUUGAGCCCAAUCUUAGCCCCACUUACUUCGCUUUGGCUGAUCUCGCGAUCAACCGUGUAAAACCUCCCGAAAGUAGACAACCACCCGAGCAGAACGCGCGGGUAACCGCGAAAAUAACAAAUUGUGUUCUGACGAUCGAGCAAGCUCGAUUACCACAACCUUACCCAAACUUUGUCAAUAUUAGAGAUCGAAAUUUUGCACGAUCAUUACCACCGAGAAGAGUUGAGCAAAUUUGCUACCGGGUAGCAAAAAAGAAAGCAAAAAAAAAGGCAAGCAAAUCAACCAGAAACUGCCCCCUUAACCGAUGAUUUCGUUUCGUUGAAAACCUUCGCAACACAAGCUGUGAACGCAAAAACAAACUGCCCAACUUAUGAAAACCACACAACGAGCAAAACGAAAAACAAGUUUUUCAGUGUGAUGUGACACUUCUCAAAUUUUGUUACGUUUAUUGAUUUGAGAAAUUUGAAAGCGACAAUUUCUUUCCUGUAAAUAUGUACCAAUUUCUAGUGAUAAACCCCCUUAAAAUUAAAAAAAAAAAACUUCUCCGCUGCUUGCAAACGCUGAUUAGCACCGAAGAAACGAAACUCUUGUUGAAAGCUAGUGGCUCCUUAAGGGUUUAAACGUCAACACACGAUUAGAACCACCCACCACAUUUAAGUGGCCGGGGGUUCGAAAUUGCAACAAAAGAUGCGUAUUUUUGUAAAUCUUGGAAGUCUUCCGCAAAAAGAACGUCUCCCAACGCGACACCCCAUUUACCCUAUUCACAACCCUCCCCCCCAAAAAAGACACACGUAGCCCUUAAGUAGAUCUUUAAUUUAUCAGUUUUUAAGGUGUGCUGUCUAGACGGCAAACAAACACACGGUACGUGAGUUAGUAGGGACUUUUUGGCAAUAAAUAAAAAUGAAGGAAAAAGUGUGUUCUACAAAUAUGGGCGCGAACUCGCGUCAGUAGGAAACUGUUUCGUAUCGUUUCGUGUAAAAUAUAUUCUGAAUAAAGGAAACGAAAAAUUAA